GGCUCCGCCCCCGUUACCCGAGCCUGGACGGGCACCUGAGGCCGUAAUGCAGCCAGCACCCAGCGAAGGACCUCACAUAGACCGAGUGUUCACUUCCGCUUCGCCAGGAACACUUCCCCGUUUGCUCCGUCCCGUCACGGUACGCAGUGACACUAUAGGCUAUAGUCCUCAUUCAGCUUUACCAUAUAUUUUCCCUCUUUGGCAAGAAGGGAGUUCGCGCCAGCUGUGAGGCCGCGAUGGAGACCAACUUCUUAGUUAUGGUGACCGUGCUCACGUUGGUGGCUCUGACUCUCGCAGACGUGCCGAAUUACAGCAUGAACGAAAAACUUCGUAAGAAAUUGCUCAAAGACUAUGACAAGUUGGCCCUACCGCACCGAGACCAGAAUGGAACCACGGCAGUUAAAUUUGGACUCGUCAUCAACGGCAUAAUGGUAGACGAAGUAAAGCAGAUCUUCAUUGUCAAUGCCUGGACGAUGCUGCAAUGGCAGGACCCGAGACUCGAGUGGGACUACAAGGACUACGGGGGCCUCAAGCUACUCCACAUGGGGGACCAUGAGCUCUGGCAGCCGGACAUCACCCUGUACAACAACGCCGAACACUCGGAAGUCGACCACUACGGCAACGUGCACCUCAUCGUUUACCCGGACGGAAAUGUACUGUGGGUUCCUCCGUCCAUUUUCCGCGCAGAGUGCACCUUGGACUUCACCUACUGGCCUUACGACACGCAGAAGUGUAGGCUGUUCUUCGGCUCCUGGACGAAGAACGGCUGGGAAAUCGACAUUCAAUUGUUCCGUAACAACACUGCCCUCUACCAGGGAUCAUUUCUGAAGUACUCCCACGUAUGGCAGUUUGUGGGUGGCAAGAUGAACCGAUUUGUCAACACCUAUGCGUGUUGCCCCGAACCAUACGUAACCAUCGCGGUCGAGCUGAAUAUUCGCAGAGUUUCGCCUUCCUUUGCGUCCACUGUCAUUGUUCCUGCUUUGGGUGGGGCACAGCGGAGGCGGGGCCGACGACGCUGAGGUGCUCGACGAGGUCCGCCCCGUCAGCUACGCCCACGAGUGGCUCCUGGUUGCCGCCGCCGUCGACCGCCUCGCCGCCUUCGCGUUCACCGGCGCCUUCGUCGUCACCCUUAUCGCCUACACGGCCGCCCUCUGAGCAGCCUCUGUUCUGCUCCCCCUCGACCCUCCGCCGGCCUGCUUCCGCGGCUGGCUCUUGCAGGAAGGGCUCGCGAUUUGUUACAUGGCGACGCGUUUUGUUUUGGUAUCAUUAACACGCACACGCACACACACACACACACACACACACACACACACACACACACACACACACACACACACACACACACACACACACACACACACACACACACACACACACACACACACACACACACACACACACACACAUACACACACUAACGCACACAUAUUUACAUGUAUUGACUCACACGAGAAUGAUUUACUAUGACUUUCCUUGUACUUGAGUUGAGCUUUGCGUUAAUGGAAUAAUGAUACAGAUUAAGUACGCGA